AGUUGAAGAGAGGUCCACUGCAAAAGUGAGACAUUGUUUAUCGGCUGAAGCUCUUCUGGUUUUCUUUCUUUGAAAUCUCGGUUGUAGUAGGUCUCCCCACUCACACACCCACAUUCACCGUGCUGGUUGGAAGAUCAUUGAGAACGUUUGCACUCAUCAGCCAUGGCGCAGUGGAUCCCAAAGACAGCCUGGAAGGUCUCUAACCUCAACAAGCGGUACGGCACUCCGUACAUGUCGAAGGGACACGCAGCUUUAGACCCUCAGCACAGUCUAGACGCGUACGCAUCGCUGCUGCACAACGUGUCGGCAGAGGCGAUUCGCAAUGCCAUAGCGGCCAUUGGCGGCCUCUCUGCCGGUGCAGUGGUCGUUGACGUUCGCAACGAGGCAGAGCGGCGGCAGCAACCGCUGAUCAGCUCGGCGGUAGUCGCAUUGCACCCGCACGAUAUCUUGUCUGGCGCAGCCGCCCCCAUCUUGCCCACCGACAAGAAUCGAGCGGAGGUGUUUGUUGCAGCGUCGGACUCGCAGCGGGCGGUGAACACGUGCGCGGCCCUGCGACGGUGGGGCUACACGAACGUAUCCGCCGUGAGCGCAUCUGCCGUGGCGGAGGCGUUGGCGGACGCACAAGCGUCUGAAGCGGCUGCUGCAGGAACGGCGGCAGCGUCCGAGGCCGCGGCGCGGUAG